UUGCGGUUUUCCCUAAUCAACAGAUCUAAACAACUUGAAUCGAUUGUUUGUGAACGCGAUUCAACAAUUUCAACAUUACGUGAUCAACUAUCGAAAAGCGAAAAUAAAUGUCAAUCUAUCACAAAUGCAUUACAACAUGCACAAGAACAAUUAGAAACAUCACGUGUAUAUGACAAAGAAAUUGAAACACUUCGUUCACAACAUAAUUCAUUAUUGAAACGAGCCGAAGAAGCAGAACAAUGUUUGAGACGAUAUGAAGAAGAACUUCAAUAUAAGAAAGAAGAAUAUACACAAUCUAUGAUUAAACAAAGUUCCACUAUUGAAGAAUUACAAAAUCAACUUAUUUCAAGUCAUCGCGAUUUUGAUCUUGCUAUUGAACGUCAAAAGAAGUCAGCAUCAGAAGCAGAAGAAGCAUGA